AUGAGUAGCAGUACCAGUUCAUCACCCCCGGCCUUGUGCGAGGGCGUAAAACGUUCCACAAAUCUUAGAUCCAAAGCUAAAAGAAGCAAUAAAAGAAAGGCCGGUGCAACAAAGGUCGAAAAAAAGCAUAGCUCAGUCGGUCUCCUCAAGGCCAACCUAACCGGAAAAUCCAGGAAUAAGGUUCUUGGCUCAACUAAAAAGUCGCACGGAAACGCACGCGUCACCAAAAAGAGAGCUUCCAAGGUUAAAGAAAAUCAAAACUCUAUCAGUCUCCUCCUCCUACCCGAUGCGCAAGACGCCGCAAUCUUCGAGGCGAUCAACUACGUCGACAAUGCAGACCCCGCCCCAGUUGAUCUCAUGCUGGAAAUUGAGUCAACAGAGACCAUCUAUCCAACCAGCAUCGUCACUUACACCGAGCAGGACCAAAUUAUCCUCGAACUCGCCGCAAAGGUUGCCUGUGCGCGGAUUGCAAACACUCCUGUAUUCCGUAAUUCUUCAUCUCCCGCCUCUCGAUCCUCCCCUAAGAGCUCGCGUAAGGUCCUAUCUCGCCGAAAAGAGCCUAAACAUGCCUCUCCCAAACCCAAAGUCGCUACAACCAAGAACGCCAAAAAGGUUUCCCCCAAGACCAAGAACACGACCAGAAGGGCCUCUUUGAAGGCAAAGGCUACCGCUGCCAGAAUCAUCGAAUUCGCAAUGGUCAAAUUCUCCAACUCGUUCGCAACAAAGGUCCUCCCCACCGAAGAUUCAGAAACCUUGAUUAAUAACAACAACACCAGUGCUAUGUCGGAGAUGAUGGGCAAGCUUACACUCAAAUCAGCCCUCCUGAGAAGCCAACUCUCAAAGGGUCUUCGCACAUGGUUCUCACCUCUGAAGAACCUCCCAAGCACUCCUCUUGAGGAGAUUCUUUAA